AUGCUGUCUUUCCUCCCCUGGAUAGGAGUGGUCUUACUCCUUGGACGCAGCAACGGUCAACCCCAUCCGAUAGCCAUACCAUCACCCAAGGCAAAUACGGCAGUAGUCCCCAAAGAUUUUCAUUCAUUUUCUAUUGAAUUUGCCUUUUUCCCGGAUUAUGCUGGAAACAAAUCGCACCCUAACAGGUUUACCAAGAACCUGCUGCAGAACUUCAAGGAUAUCACCGGGGUAUAUCCACUUGUCCGAGUCGGAGGAACUUCCCAGGAUCAUUCCGACUAUUUCCCUGACCAAGAAGAAAACAUCAAACUCAUCUACGAGCACCCAGAUGACGACCAACCCAUCCAAAUCAACUACGGACCCACCUUCUUCGAGUCCUACCACACCCUCGGCCCAAUCAAGUUUCUACAUGGGCUGAACAUGAACCAGAAUCGAUCGAUGGAACAGCUCCAAGAUGCUGCCGCGGAAGCAUGCACGGCAAUCGGACCGCAGCUGCACCUGUUCGAGUUGGGCAAUGAAUGGAACUUUGUUCCGGGCGAGUAUAGAGCUGGUAAUUAUUCGAUGCUGGAUUAUGCACAAGAAUGGAAUCAUAAGUCUUCUAUCGUCAAGGCGGCGGUGCAGAAUGCUUGCCCGGGUCCGUUCCCGGGGUUUAUGGCGCCGAGCUUUGUGCUGUUGACUUUUGUGGAUACGAAAGGGUGGACUGCUGAGGGGCUCUAUCAUCUGGGAUAUGAUCAGAAAAAUUUGACAAAGGAGCUCUCAUUUCACAAGCAAAGUAAGACCUCUCACAAUUGCGUACGAGACACAGCACUAACACAACCAGAGAACCUCAUGAACCACACUAAGAUCGUGGAGAACCUAUCCUACCAAAUCAAGCGCUCCGAGAACCUCGCAUACCUGGGCCACCCCUUCACCCUCGGCGAAAUGAACUCGAUCGCGGGACAAGGCCGCACCGGCGAGACAAACGUUUUCGGUGAUGCACUAUGGAUGGUCGAUUUUUCCCUCUGGGCCGCGGCACAUAACAUCAAACGCCUACACCUGCAUCAGGGUCUCAACUACCGCUACGCAUCAUGGCAGCCUAUCUUAAGCAAAGGCGAGGCUCCGGCCACCAAGCCUCCCUAUUACGGACAAGUCAUGGUUGCCGCGGCACUGGGCGAUUCGGAGCAUGUUCGAGUGAUGAAUAUCCCCCUGAAGGAGGAUACAGAGGCCGCGUAUGCGAUUUAUGAUGCAGAAAGUCCCGGAAAGAUUGUGGCUGGGUCGUCCUUGCAAGGAGUAUCGGUUCAAGGUUCCGGUCACCAUCGUCAUAUCAGGGUUGAGCGCUUAAUUGCACCGGGCAGCGAUUCGACAACGAAUGUUACAUUUGGAGGUGUCUCUUAUGAUUAUGAACUGAAGCAUGGGAAGCCGGUUACUGUGAAUCAUGAGAAGGAGGUCUUGGAGGUACGCGAUGGAGUGGUCUCGGUUGAGAUUCCGGCUUCGUCGGCUGUUUUGUUGUCAUUUUCGUGA